UUGGGCCUCUGUUACGACCAAACAAAGUGUCUCCUACCUAUAUUGUUUCAGGGAAACAGAAUAUAAGUGUAAAUUUAGCCAUUUCGAAUUUAUUGUUCUGCAAAUAUGGUCUCGGAUAAGUAAAAUUAAAAUGAGAUUCAAUGCGAGGUUAUGCAGAUCUCUGCAAAAUAACAUUUGAAAUGAUCCUUUCCUUGGUGGUUAUUUCAACCCCCUAGCAGACACAGUGACAUCUAAAUACUCUUUAUGUAAUUUGAGAAGCUGCUAGACAGGCCAAAAGAUAUGUCAUUAUCUCAAUGUAAGGAGGUGUAUAAUUAGCAUCGGGACCAUAUUUAGCCGAUGGAAGAAAUAAGCCUGCCCUAGUCUUUGAUCAGUUUUUCACUAAAGCUAGCGAUAUUAACAACUAGCUCUAGAGUUUGGCCAGUUCUGUUUUAUUUGAGCUAGCUUUACAAGCACAAGAGACAGAAUACAUGGUAUGAUCCGCCCAAGUACUACUCAUUGCUCAUUGGGAAAAUUUGAUCUCCUGGUUUUUUGCAUUACUCCUCAUUUCCAGCCAUUCUGUGUGUUCAAUCUCUUAUAUAUGAUUCAACUUGAAGUUACCUGCAUUCAUUCUCUGCAUUUGUAUAUCAAGAUCAAGUACUUAAUUCGAGGAAGCCACUUUAUAUCUCUCCUUUCAGUACUUGAUCUCAAGUAUCUUAUGGCUACAUUUCUUGCUUCCUCAUCUCCUUCGGCCACCCUUGAUCAUUGCACUCCCAAUAUGAGAAGCAUCAAUUUCCAAUGCAACAGUACCCCACGCACCAUUGGAGUCCCCAUGAUUGGAGGACUGAGACUGGUGCCAAAAAUAAAAAUCACAGAGGCAGCUAGAAAAUCAUCUCGUCUUCCUAGUUGCCCCAAGACUACAAUCUCAAGCUCCAUUGCUCAACCGGAAACGGUGCAAACUGUCCAAGGCAUCAUAGCAAAGCAACUCUCCAUUGAUGAAUCUACUGUUACUCCCCAAACCAAGUUUGCCGAUUUGGGUGCUGAUUCACUUGACACUGUCGAAAUCAUGAUGGCUUUGGAAGAGAAAUUUGACGUAUCGAUUGGAGAAGGGGGUGCGGAGAAUAUCUCAACAGUUCAAGAGGCUGCUGAUCUGAUUGAGAAAGUGAAGGCGGCCGCAGCAUAGUCUAAACUUCCUUCAAAUAUUAAUUCUGAUCAAGAGUCGAUCGAUGUGAUGAAUUAAUUAAGGAAAUUCUUUGUUUUUGUUUUUCAUGAUUUC